UAUUUGCGUGUGCAAAUCCGCGCGGCAUACCGAAAACAUUGGAUGGUACUUCUCGCGUGCGAUAAUCAUCCAAAAUAAAAGAAGUACCGCCUUGCUUCGAGGGUCAUUCGUGAUUACGCUGGCGAGAUACCAGGGAUCAUGAAGACUGUCAUUCUAUUAUUAACUUUCGCUGCUUUGGCACUUUGUGCCGAUGACUUCUGUUACAAAGACACCCAAAGAGCUUGCAGCCCUACAUCUAGCAAAUUAGUUACUGGAGUUCCAAACUGCAACGCCAAAUAUGGUGCCAUUGACAAGCUACAAUCCAGCCUUCAAAAAUACACUAACGAACUAUUAUACCGUUCAUUCGAUUUCCUCCUCAUGUCUACUUUCUACGGGAACUACAUUAAAAACAGACCAGGCUUCGAGAAGCUGUACAGAACCUACUCAGAUUCAUUAUGGAACGACGGUAUAGAACUUAUAAAGUACAUAGAAACUCGCGGAGGUACCAUGGACUUCAGUAACAUCCCUAACAACAUUUUAAACCUCGAAAACGAUGGAAGUGAAUCAAAACCAAGUCCAAAACCAAACUGGGAACUCAACGAAUAUACCUCCUUGGCCAAAGCUCUGGAUUUGGAAAAAGAACUGGCUGAAGACAUCUUUAAAAUUCAUCUGGACGCUGAUAGUCUGAAACCUGGUCAGCAUGAUGCUGAGGUAGUGCAUCAUAUUGAGGAGGAGUUCGUUAGUAAACACAGAGAUGCUAUUAGGAAGCUUUCUGGGUACACUUAUGAUUUGGGAAAGUUGUUGGAUACCCCAGAUGCUUCUCUGGCUGUGUAUAUGUUUGAUGAGUUUUUGCAAAAUGACAAGUAUUAAGUAUAUUUUAGUUUGUCUGCAUGUAUAUUCCAUGUUAUCUAAUUUUUUUCUGCAAUACCUUUGUAACAUAAAAAAGUAAAUAUUUAAACAGCAAUACA